AUGGAUAAAGCUGCAAGUAAGAAGUAUUGCCAAAGGAAACCGGAUCUUGUCGCGGCCAUUUACGGAGGCGACGAAGUAAUCCGCGGAGUCAACGAAACCAUCAUGAUGAACGCAUCAUUAUCAUACGACCCUGAUGUCGGACAAGGCAACCACUCAGGAAUGAGCUUUACCUGGUAUUAUGGUGAGAUCAAUUGUAACCUCUCCGGACGGGGUUGUAAAACAAAAGAUGUCUUCACAGGAGUAAACGAGUCAACGAUCCACUAUUCUAGGAACGCCUUUGGUGUACAAAUGAUCUUAAAUACUUCAGCCAUGUCUCCAAACAAGACAUACACAGUGAAACUGGUCGUGACCAAGGACUGUCGCAACGCAAGCGCUUAUCAAAUCAUCCAUAUGAAGAAUUUUAACCCCUUUCAAAUAUCCCAAAGUUUCCUUAUAAACCACGAACUCAAGGUCGUCAGUCCGUCAGUUAAGCUCAGUGUCCAGGCAGAAUGCCAGGGAUCACAGUGCUCUGAAAUAUCUUCCUAUGAAUGGAUUCUCUACAAGCUCUACAGGUGCAAUUCGUCAGUUGUAUGGAGGAAGCAAGAUUUACAGCCUAUCACCGAUACGCCGCUCGGUUCAAGCUACAUAGUAAUCAAGGAAGGAUCCCUUACUGGUGGAGAGAACUACCGCUUGAAAAUAUUCGCGACAACUAGAGACGGUUUACAAGGGAUGAGUGCUUACGACUUCACCACCGCGUUGCCCCCUACAGGGGGGAUAUGUGGGAUAAAUCCGUCAAGCGGCAUCUCACUAAAAACCGAUUUCAACCUGACUUGUAUUGACUGGAAAAGUGAUCAGAAUCCUCUGUCCUACAAAUUUCAUUAUCAACUAGAGAAUGGUGCGCGCUGCAUGCUAUAUCAAGGCUUGAACAACAGUGUUAUUUCUUGGCUACCGUCCGGCGACAUUUUAACAGACUAUUCUAUAAAGCUCAUUCUUACAGUGACUGAUAAAGUCGGUGCGUCUGCCCCUGCCGUUUACCUAUUGGUCAAGGUUAAGCCUCCACAGUCUUUGGGAAUAAAAAACGUCUCUGGCAUUCUCACAGCAAAUGACAGCUCAUUUAAUGAAGCCAUUAACAAUGGAGACUUGGAUAAAGCUGCACAAAUAGCAAACUCUGUUCUCCAAAUUAUUUCAACUGAUACUAAAAUGGAUUCACAAGAUAAAGCUAGGGUAAGCAAAGCUUACAAUAGUACGCAAUUUACAUAUAAGUUGUAGUUAGUUACUACUGCUCAUUACACUGGCUAGCA